UUAACCGAGCCAUUGCGCGGGGCAGCAGCCAUGGGGGCGCUCUGCUGCUGCCCGCGGUUGGACGAUUUCGACGACGCGGGGGGGUAUGGCGCCGCUGCUAGAGCAGGCGGUAACGGUCGCAUGGGAGGAGCAGGAGGAGGGGGAGGGGGAGGAGGAGGAGCAGCGGCGGCGGUGUCUCGGUGUCUGCUGCUACAGCAGUGCCUCUGCUUGCACUGCCUCGUUCGAUGGCUGCUUCAGUCCAGGCGCGUUGCGGCCGCAGCAGCUGCUGCUGCCGCUGCAGCGGCCGCUGCAGGCUCGGCCGCAGCCUCAGCGGCAGCAGCAGCCGCGGCUGCUGCAGCUUCGGCGGCAGGCGAGGAGAGAGGAGACAGGGACGGGUCGAGGGAACCACUGAUAAAAUCCAGGCUUGAGUCCAGCCGAACUGCUGGUGCUGCUUCUGACACUUCUGCUGCUGCUGGUAGUGGUGGUGGUGGUGGUGGUGGUGGUGGUGGUGGAGGUAAUACUGCUGCUGCUGCUGGUUCUCGUGGUGGUGGUGGUGGUGGUGGUGGUGGUGGUGGUGGUGGUGUGGGAGGGUCGGUUUCGCCCUCAACCAUGGCUCCUUUUCAUGUGGAAGGACCAGAUGCAUCUGGACUGAUGCGCUUGCCCGGGACAGAAGGGUUUCCUGCUGCUGCUGCUGCUGCUGCUGCUGGUGCGGCUGGCCGUGAUAGUGCCAGUGGUGCUGAUCGUAGCAGUGGGGGUAGUGGAUGCAGGGGAGUUGGUGGUGCGGGUGGUGGUGGUGAAGAGGAAGAAGCAGCACCGUCGACAGCUCUGGCAUGGUAUCUUUCUCGGGUCGCAUCGGCCACAUCUCUUGCUGAUGAGGACUGCUGCCCCACCUGCCUUGAAGGGUACACGGAGGAGAAUCCGCGCAUCACCACGGAGUGCGCCCACCACUUUCAUCUGGGAUGCAUCUACGAGUGGAUGGAACGCUCUAACCUCUGCCCUGUGUGCAGCAAGGUGGUUUGGCAACAAGUGGAUGCCGUGAUCUGGCAUCUGUGGCCUGCCCUCUCUGCCUGCCCUCUCUGCCUGCCCUCUCUGCCUGCCCUCUCUGCCUGCCCUCUCUGCCUGCCCUCUCUGCCUGCCCUCUCUGCCUGCCCUCUCUGCCUGCCCUCUCUGCCUGCCCUCUCGGCCUGCCCUCUCUGCCUGCCCUCUCGGCCUGCCCUCUCGGCCUGCCCUCUCUGCCUGCCCUCUCUGCCUGCCCUCUCUGCCUGCCCUCUCUGCCUGCCCUCUCUGCCUGCCCUCUCUGCCUGCCCUCUCUGCCUGCCCUCUCUGCCUGCCCUCUCUGCCUGCCCUCUCUGCCUGCCCUCUCGGCCUGCCCUCUCUGCCUGCCCUCUCGGCCUGCCCUCUCUGCCUGCCCUCUCUGCCUGCCCUCUCUGCCUGCCCUCUCUGCCUGCCCUCUCUGCCUGCCCUCUCUGCCUGCCCUCUCUGCCUGCCCUCUCUGCCUGCCCUCUCUGCCUGCCCUCUCUGCCUGCCCUCUCUGCCUGCCCUCUCUGCCUGCCCUCUCUGCCUGCCCUCUCUGCCUGCCCUCUCUGCCUGCCCUCUCUGCCUGCCCUCUCUCAGGCUACAACCCCGCUCUCAACUGCUCCUUCAAGAGCAUGA